AUGAAGGUCCUUUUCCUAACUGUAGCACUAAGCUUGUUCUCCAUCCUCCAAGCUGAGGAUUCAACAUCUGAGGACUUCGGAUUUCAGGGUAUAUACUUUGUAAAAGGCAUGAUGACAGACAAAGAUUUUCAUGGGGAGAAGAAGCCCAAGGAAAUGUCACCCUUGAUAAUCACCCCCCUGGAUAAUGGUGACAUAGAAGCCCGAUUUACUGUGAACAAGCAUGGCAAGUGCAAAGAGAUUACAAUGCUACUAGAGAAAAUGAGUCAACCUGGCCUCUAUACUGUGGAGGAGGGCAAACGUCGUGUCCGCGUAGAAAAGACAUCUGUGGAUGACCAUUGGGUUAUCUUCUGUGAAGGCGAGUUCCAUGGCAAUCAAAUAAGAUUUGCCAAACUUGUGGGUCCACAUCCAGAAGAGAACCUACAAGCCCUGAAGGAGUAUAAGGAGAUGGCCAAACAGAGAGGAUUUGAUGAAACAAAAAUCAUCAUCCCCAGACAAACUGAGGCGUGCACCCCAGAACAAGCUUAAGGUGAUGCUUUCCUUCAACUUCAGAAUCAAUGCUGUCCAGGAAAUCCCAGUCAUAUCCUCA